AUGUCCGAGAUCUCCACGGACGAUCACGACACGGCCAGCAUUGCCUCCCACGAUAAUCAGACCGGGCAGCUCACUCCAGAGCAGACCGCUAGCGACUUUGAAUGCGAAGAGGACAAGACUAAGGACAUAACACUGUCUCCAAAUUUGGCCAUGGCAGUUCGCGAGCGCUGGGGUAGCGAUGGAGAGGGGGCAGGAUGGAGGAGGCGGAGGAUUACCGUGCAGACAUACGUAUGCGUGCGCGCUGUACAAUCUCCUACUACAGCUUUGUUGAUUGUGAAGCUCGCGAGCCGACUCUUCUCAUGCUUAUCACUGGAGUGA